AUGGACGUGGCAGCACAAGCUGGGGCACUUAAUGCUCAGAUGUCGGAUGACCUGUGUGCGACAAAGGCCAAGGAAGCUCAGACUUGUCAACGGUGGCUGGCUGCGGAGGCGAGGGCGAAAGGCCUUUCCGAUAUGCUGGCGCAGGAGCAGCAGAGGAACGAGAAACAAGGGACGGAUAUCGUGGCAGCAAGGGCUAUCUUGGAACAGGCGCGGAAUGACGCACACGCUAUGUUGGAAAAGGUGCGGAAUGACGCACAGCGUCAGCAAGGCGACAACGCAAUGAAGAUCCAGACUUUGGAGACUCAGGAGCGGGCGGGAAAAAACCGAUUGGAGCGGGAGCUGGCCAACGCUAACUGCUAA